CGAAAUUACGCAAAGCCAGACCAAAACCAGAACGGCCAUUCUGUAUUUUCAUCAUUAUCAUCUUCUUAAAAUCAAAUCUUAAGACCCAUCGUCAUCUUCGCCAACCGACCUUCCCACCGAACAGCUUUUUAAUGCAUUACUAGUCAACAAUGAAGACAAAACCAAAACAAAAUUUCAUUUCUAUUCCUUUCUUCACUAACUAGUCUACCCAUCUCUCUGUUUCUCUUCCUCUUUUUCUCUCUCUAAAUCUGUAAUGGGCAGUACAGAUGAACCCAAAACUCCAGCCUCUCUCUACGAUCCCUCCUCACCUUCUCACCCUCUUCUCUCCAAGUCUUACCCUUCACCUUCGACAGAAGAAAGCGGGAAUGAUUCAAAUGAUGAACAAAACCAGUACCCUCAGAUCACCUUCAACUAUGGCCCCAGGCGUUUCCAAGACCUCCCUUUCAUGGUACUCUUUAUUCUCUUCUCCUUGUUAACCUUCGCUUUUGGCAUUUUCUGUGUUGCUCACCGGAACCCUAAUUCUUCGGAGGUAUCUUCUUUUGUCUAUGACUCUAACACCACCUCCUGUAUCAAGCAAUAUUUGUCGGCUUCACCCGUUGGAUUUUUCUAUCCAAUUCUUAAUUUCCGAUCCUUUUCGUAUUAUGUUUCGUCUUCUUAUUUUCUGAGUGAUCUGAUUUGGACCCUUGUAAUUACUUUGAUUUUGAGUGUGCCCUUAGCUUUGGGACUUCUUUGGUUACUGAGACAUUACACCAAGCAAAUCGUCUACGUUUCCCUUCCCUUCUUUCUCGUAAUUCCCGUUUUCUUCAAUGUGUAUUGGUUCGUGGCUUGUACUGUGAGUUCGAGUUGUCGCGAUGCUUUCCCCUUAGCUUACCGGAUUCUAGUGCUUGUGUUUGUGUUCCUGAUUAUCGGCGUGAUUGUGUGGAUUCUUGUUGUGAAUUGGCAUCGUAUUGAGUUGACAGUGAGAAUCAUUUCGGUUGCAUCUGAUGCCCUUGCCAGGAAUAUGGGGUUGUUCGGAGUUGUUCCGAGUAUGACUCUUGGGCUUGUGGUUUAUAUCGUGCCGAUUGUAGUUUUUUUGGUGUUUGCCCGGCUGAAUGGGAAGAUUGUCCCUCAUGUCAGUAAAGAAUCAGUUGAAGGGUAUUCCUGCGUUUGGAAGUAUGAUAGUUGGGUGCCCGCAUACUAUACGUUGGCAAUUCUCACAUUGUUGUGGUCUGCUGCAACCAUGGUGGAAGCUCAGGCUUAUGUGAUUAGCGGGACUAUUGCGCAAUGGUACUUCUCAAAAGACCAUUCGCCCCCGAGACGAAGUUUAAGGAACUCUUUAAGGUGAAUUCUUGCUCUUGUUCUCCUUGUCAAGAGUC